UUUUUUUUGGAGAAGACCAAAGAGCCACGAUGACUUUGUCACCGGGACCCCAUGAGGACGGGACCUGUUCCUGCCACCCUUUUUCCGUGCAGAGUGUUCACCAGACUCUGGAUGAGAUGGAUUUUGAGAGAGGGAUCUGGAAUGCUGCACUGAAUGGAGAUCUAGAAGGGGUCAAGAGACACAUCCUGAGCCGUGGGAAACCUAAUGAGCCAGAUACUUCUGGAUAUACAGCUUUGCACUAUGCCAGUCGCAACGGGCAUUAUGCCAUCUGCCGUUUCCUCCUGGACCAUGGAGCCUCCUGCGAUGUCCGCACCCAUGGCGGGGCCACCCCCCUGCAUCGAGCGGCUUACUGUGGUCACACAGAAAUAGCCAAGCUGCUGCUGGACCACGGAGCUGAUCCAGCUGCUGUGGAUGACGAUGGGAAGACAUGCCUCCACAAGGCAGCAGAGAAUGGGCACCAGGAACUCUGUGAGCUCAUCUUGGAGCAGCACCCUCAGCUGAGACUUAUGCAGGACAACAGCCAGAGACGUGCUGGCGACUUGGUUCCUGCCAAGAAUGAAGGCUUGCGGAAGAAACUUUUAGACCUGUGAUUUGUUCCUUGAAAAAGCUUCCUCUGCCUUAUGUCCAUGUUGCGUCUUUUCUUCUGAAAUUAGAAAGAAGCAGCUGAACUGAAUUCAAUUUCUAAGUUUUAUCUAGUGGGCUGUUUUUUUCAAUUAGAUGUCCUUCAGACGUGUGGAAGCUCAAAAUUCUCCAACCAAUAUGCUGCCCCUCAGGGCUUCUACGGAGCAUUUGGUUGGGGAAGGAAGCUGUUAAGAUGUCCUUGGUAUGAACUUUGGAGAAUGUCUCAGCCUGGCUUAACUUUAGGAGCCACAGAAAGCCAACGGAUUGGGAAGACAGGAGCUGUCAUGAUAGGAUCAUGGUGGGCUCUGAAAGGUGUAGGAAAUCUCAGUUUUUCUAGAAGCAGAAAGACCGGCUGCUUUGAUUUAGAAAGAUGACAUUUCUGUCUUGUCAAGGUUUAACAGAUUUAACAGAGUUGGAAGGGACCUUGUAGGUCAUCUAGUCCAAUCCCCCUCCCCACCCAAGCAGGAGACCCUACACCAUUUCUGACCGAUGGCAGUCCAGUGUCUUCUUGAAAGCCUCCAGUGAUGAAGCUCCCACAACUUCUGGAGGCAACUUCUGUUCCAUGCGGUGCUUGUUCUCACUGUCAGAAAAUUCCUUCUUAUUUCCAGGUUAAAUCUCUCCUUGAUCAGUUUCCAUCUGUUACUCCUUGUCUGGCUUUCAGGUGCUUUGGAAAAUAGGUUAACCCCCUCCUCUCUGUGGCAGUCCCACAAAUAUUGGAAGACUGCUAUCCUGUCUCCCCUGAUCCUUCUCUUCACAAGACUAGCCAUGCCCAGUUCCUGCAACCGUUCUUCAUAUGUUUUAGCCUCCAGUCCCCUAAUCAGAUUAACAGAGUUGGAAGGGACCUUUUAGGUCAUCUAAUCCAACCUCCUGCCCAAGCAGGAGACCCUACACCAUUUCUGACAGAUGGCAGUCCAGUGUCUUCUUGAAAGCCUCCAGGGAUGAAGCUCCCACAACUUCCGAAGGCCACUUCAGAAUGGAGGAGAGAGGUUCUCCUAGGUAGGAUCUAGAGCUAGAGACAUCAACAAAUCCAUUCCUGGCCUUAAGGAUGUCUUAUUUUGAUGGUUGCAUCAGGCCUAAAACCUGUUUGCCCUCUUAAUGAAAACCGUUCAGGAUCCCAAGGAAUUUGUUAGCCUAAGAAGGAAGGAAAGAGAGAAGCAGGUUGACCUCUUGUGGUGUCUGGAAUUCCCCAGGAGAGCAAUGGAGGCAUUCCAGAACUGCUUGGCCAGAGAAGGUGGGAAUGCCAUGAUGGGAUCGUGUUUCUGUAGCGAGGAGGUUGAGGAUUCCUGUGCCCUGAGCCGAUGAGAUGCUUCAGGUGGCUUGUUUCAAGGAGUUUCUUCCUUGUCCCAACUUCUGUCAACCUAGCAGUUCGAAAGCACGUAAAAAAUGCAAGUAGAAAAAUAGGGACCACCUUUGGUGGAAAGGGAACAGCGUUCCGUGCGCCUUUGGCAUUGAGUCAUGCCGGCCACAUGACCACGGAGACGUCUUCGGACAGCGCUGGCUCUUCGGCUUUGAAACAGAGAUGAGCACCGCCCCUUAGAGUCAGGAACGACUAGCACGUAUAUGCGAGGGGAACUUUUUCCUUUAUUUACUGGCCCCAUUUUCCACCAAUGAUGAUAGCCAUCAAAUCCUCGGUUAUUAAAAGAUGUAGCAGGCGAGGUCUUUUUUUUAAAUUGCUUUUAAUCUGUGAGCUGUAAAAAAGGAAACAGUUACCAGAUGCAAAACAUUAAAACCCAAAGCGAGAAAGGGAAGUUUUAAAAGCCACGUUGAAAUGGGAUGGAUGUAAAACAACACAUUGUGUGGCCUUAAACAAGCACAGCUUGGUCUGCGUGCGAUCCUGUCGUGUUAGAAACCAAGACUCCCUCUUCUAUAUAGAUACCUGCCCUUUAAAGACGAAAGAUGCUUUUAAGGUUUUUUUUCCUCCAUGUGCAAAUUCCUGCAGAUGGCAUUUGUUUUGUCAUCCGAACAAAAGAGCUUAAUCAUCUUCAAAGGGCUGACAUCCUUAAUUAUAGCAUUCAAUCAAAGCGAGAAAAAGACAGGGCAUGUUUUAAUCGCUCCCAAACCGAUCUUAACACAAUGGAACUUGCUUUGGUUGGAUACAGGUAGACGUUCUUUUUGUAGGCUCUUCUGAAGCAGCCUCCUCACCUGGCUGUCCUAAUAUAUAUCCUUAUGAUUUAUAUAAAUAUGUUGACCAUCAUUUUGUGCUGUAAAUGUUGUACCUUGAUGAAGGUAUCUUUUCUUUUAUGUACACUGAGAGCCUAUGCACCAAGACAAAUUCCUUGUGUGUCCAAUCACACUUGGCCAAUAAAAAAUUCUAUUCUAUUCUAUUCUAUUCUAUUCUAUUCUAUUCUAUUCUAUGACUAUCAUUAAGUGUGGUACUUUAUGAUUCUUGAUGAAGGUAUCUUUUCUUUUAUGUACACUGAGAGCCUAUGCACCAAGACAAAUUCCUUGUGUGUCCAAUCACACUUGGCCAAUAAAAAAUUCUAUUCUAUUCUAUUCUAUUCUAUUCUAUUCUAUUCUGUUCUAUAUUGAUAUAUUGACCAUCAUUUUGUGUUGUAAAUGUUGUACCUUGAUGAAGGUAUCUUUUCUUUUAUGUACACUGAGAGCAUAUGCACCAAGACAAAUUCCUUGUGUGUCCAAUCACACUGGGCCAAUAAAAAAUUCUAUUCUAUUCUAUUCUAUUCUAUUCUAUUCUAUUCUAUUCUAUUCUAUUCUAUUCUAUGACUAUCAUUAAGUGUGGUACUUUAUGAUUCUUGAUGAAGGUAUCUUUUCUUUUAUGUACACUGAGAGCAUAUGCACCAAGACAAAUUCCUUGUGUGUCCAAUCACACUUGGCCAAUAAAAAAUUCUAUUCUAUUCUAUUCUAUUCUAUUCUAUUCUAUUCUAUUCUAUUCUAUUCUAUUCUAUUCUAUUCUAUGACUAUCAUUAAGUGUGGUACUUUAUGAUUCUUGAUGAAGGU